AUGAAUGAUGACUUUGCCAUUGCUUUUUGGGCAGGGUCGUUAAUUGUUUACCUUCUAUUGUUCUUCUCUGAUCCGGUCCCUUCUAAUGAAGAAGUUAUGGACAUAUUUUAUCAAGCUAUGAGUUUAUCAAAUUUUUCUCUUGCUGACCUGAAGCUGGAAGCUGCGAGUAUACGAUCAGGAGCUGCAUCUACUACAUCGGAUUCUUCCACAAACACAAGUGACACCACACCUGGAACAACUAUGUCAACUAUAAGUGGCAUCACACCUGGUACAACGACCACAAGUGGCACUGCCUCUGGAACAACUAUGUCAACUAUAAGUGGCAUCACACCUGGAACAAGUACAACAACCACAAGUGGCACUGCAUCUGGAACAACUAUGUCAAAUAUAAGUGGCAUCACACCUGGUACAACGACCACAAGUGGCACUGCCUCUGGAACAACUAUGUCAACUAUAAGUGGCAUCACACCUGGAACAAGUACAACAACCACAAGUGGCACUGCAUCUGGAACAACUAUGUCAACUAUAAGUGGCAUCACACCUGGCUCAACUACCACAAGUGGCACUGCAUCUGGAACAACUAUGUCAACCGUAAGUGGCAUCACACCUGGAACAAGAACAACCACAAGUGGCACUGCAUCUGAAACAACUAUGUCAACCAUAAGUGGCAUCCCACCUGGUACAACGACCACAAGUGGCACUGCAUCUAGAACAACUAUGUCAACCAUAAGUGGCAUCCCACCUGGUACAACGACCACAAGUGGCACUGCAUCUAGAACAACUAUGUCAACUAUAAGUGGCAUCACACCUGGUACAACGACCACAAGUAGCACUGCAUCUGGAACAACUAUGUCAACUAUAAGUGGCAUCACACCUGGUACAACGACCACAAGUGGCACUGCAUCUGGAACAACUAUGUCAACUAUAAGUGGCGUCACACCUGGAACAAGUACAACGACCACAAGUGGCACUGCAUCUGGAACAACUAUGUCAACCUUAAGUGAUAUCACACCUGGAACAAGUAUAACGACCACAAGUGGCACUGCAUCUGGAACAACUAUGUCAACUAUAAGUGGCAUCACACCUGGAACAAUGGCGUCACACCUGGAACAAGUACAACGACCACAAGUGGCACUGCACCUGGAACAACUACGUCAACCAUAA